AUGGUAUGUUUCUUCCAGGAACCAAAGGCUCCACCAGCCAUAAUAUCCAGAUUUCAUCUAGGUUCCAAUGAUACAAAAGUUGAUACCAGUACUGAUGGUAUAGAAGUUGAUACAGGUACUGAUGGUAUAGAAGUGGAUACAGGUAAUGGGCAGCCUCCUCCUCCUCCUCCCCCUCCCGCUGAUGGUCAGUCUCCUCCUGGAGCCAACCAGGAGACCGAGGCCGAUGUAGGAGCUGAAGGAAACCAGGCCGAUACAGCUGGUCAAGGAGGUGUCGGAGGAAGUCCUGAUGAUAAUGAAGAAACCUUCCCCAGCGAUGACUUCCAGGAAUCUAAUGCGGACGUUCAAGCACACCAGGCUCAGAACAAUGGCAGUGUUAUCUUGUUAGCAGAAUGGCAAUUCAUCUUGAUUGUUGUUGGCUGUGUUGCUGUAGCAAUCAUAGGUGUUGCCAUUGCCUUCAUCUGCUGGUACAAAAUUCAGACGACGUCCAAGGCCCAGAAUGAAGCUGACUACCCUGCGUAUGGUGUUACUGGACCAGGGGCGCAGGUCACGCCCUCCAUGAAUAAUGGGGACAGAAAACUUGCCCAGAGUGCCCAGAUGUAUCACUAUCAACACCAGAAACAACAGAUGAUUGCCAUGGAAAAGCGUGAGAAGGGAGACGUUGCCCGUGAUGCCUCGGAUUACGAUUCAGAAGAAGAGAAUGAAGAUGGCGACUUGACUGUAUACGAAUGCCCUGGACUUGCUCCGACCGGUGAGAUGCAGGUGAAGAAUCCUCUGUUUGCGGAAGACGCUUACCCAAAGCAAGGAGGAGACGCUGACGGAGAGGAGAAGCAGUAAUGAUCGCAUUGCUGAGGAACUUCAGGACCCUAAUGAUUGCGACCGAUGUCAGAUCAAUCUCAACUAUGGCAAGCCAGCCAGCCAAUCGUCGGCAGCAGAUCUCUCAUGUUAGAACGUGUACACACCCAUCCUUGCAUCAUCCGAUUGUGUGUAAUGUGGACAGCUCAUUCACCUUUGAGAUGAUAAAUCAUGGCUUCUUUGGCCUUCCGUGCUUGAGAUUGAAUUGAAUCAAUCGCAACUCAUUUUGAAAGAGGGUCUUUAUACAUCAUUGCAGUGGCAUAGCUAGGCAAUAGAAUCACGGAGGGAUUGGGGUGGGUGGCCGAGGGGAAGGGGGGGGGGGUAAACUUGAGGGAUGGAGUGGUUGGUGUUCAAGACAUAAAAGAAAAAUUCUUCCUGUUCCUCAGAAUCAACUUGUAAAGAACUGAGGUUCCUCUGUCAAUUUAAGGUUUCAAUUGUUUUUAAAAAUGGACGGAAAAUCAAGCAAGAUACCAAACACUUGUAUUCACUCCACAGUGUAUGCAAGGUGCUGAUUUUCAUAAAGACGUCAUUCAGUCUUAAUUUGACAAUGUAAACAAUCAUGAUUGUUUGGGGUCUUGAGGUGACUAUCGUCUGCCCUUGGACUAUACAAAUAAAAAAGGAAAUAUUAAUUAUUUUCUUUUGUAGUCAGAUGAGCUAUGGUAAGGUACCUUAUCAAAUGUCAAAGCCGCAUCUUUCCCCGCAAGCGGCUUUUCACUGGAAAUCAUCACAGUCACCACAGACAAAACAAUGAGGACUGGGGGAAAGCUGCAAUGGAAAGACACAUAGGAUCUUUUAAGCAGGAUUCCUGCUUAAAGAUGCUGCACAGACUUCUGACAAUUCGCCUAACUGGAUAACAAAAUCUCUUCUUAGCCUGCGAUGUAUUUUUGAAUUAUGGUUUUAUUUUCAUUUUGUUUUAAGGGACUGUUUUGGGCUCUUGAUGUAAUUAUGCUGUGUAGUGUUUUUCCUCCCAAUUUGUUCUGCUAUGCCACUGCAAGUUUCUGCAUUUGUAUUCAAGUUCCGAGUUACUGUUGUGGAAUCUCUGGGUUAUGUGCAAUUUUGUUUCCAAUUCCAUGCUCUGCGUUGAGCUGGGCUAAGAAAAUAUCACCAGAAUUUUUUUGUUUUAUUUCAUAAUUAUUUCCCUUUUUUGUGCAAGUACGAAGGAGAUACGUCAUACAUUUAAGUGAUUUAUACUUACAGAUAGAAUAUAUACACUGGAAUUUGGUGAAGUCUAAUUGUUUAAAGAAUUUAAAUUUGGUCCAUAUCUAUUGGGAUCCUAUUAUACCGAUAUUGAUUUGGAAUAAUCAUUAACAUUUAAUUUAACCUUUUAUUCACUUAUGAUGCUUAGCUAAAACGGUUGUGUGUUCUGCAUCAAAAAUUGUGAUUAUAAAAUAUAUGAGGAUUAUUAUUUUUUAACAGUGCAUAGCAAGCUGACUAUUUUCAUGUUUUGGUAUCAUCAUGAAAGAAGUCAUAUAUAUAUAUCUAUAUAUCCUUAGAUAUGUAGAUGCCGAUGAUUGUGCAAAGUGCUCAAUGCUAUAUGUAUGUAUAUAUAUAUAUAUAUAUAUGAUACUCAAAUAAAGAAAAAAAGGUUCAAUCUAACAUCCAGAAAAGAAACCAUAAAAAAGCCCAUUAAGUUUGAUUACAUAGCAUUGAGAAAGGACCAAUUUUUUAAUGAUGAAUGCCCAAUAUUGCUCAUUAGUACAUAGAUGGGGUUCUUAUCAAUUCACAAACUCGUUGAAAUUUCCAUGUUUAAAGUUACAGAAUAUUGUGCUUAUUUUGUUCAAAUUCAUGAAAAAGACCCAUUUGGGAUCCAUAAAUGAAUAUACAAAGAUUUUUUUUUAUAUUCUUUUAGUGAUAUCAGGGAAAUCAGUUGAGCAAGCUGAUAAUAUUUUGUGAUUGUUCACUUUUUAUGUUAAGAAUUCACAAUUGCUUGAAAAGACUGAAUUUCUUAAAUUACACUUUGUGCAGUUGAUAUAUUCCCCAAAAUAGAAGGGGAGGCAGAAGCGACAUUCUCGUGCCGAUAUUUGUUUUUUUUCUUUGAUGUUAUUAAGACGUACUUGGAUGUAGCAAAGUCAUAAUUUUCUGCACAGCUAGCUUGCAUUAGAUGGAGUCUUCAAAAUGCAAAUACCAAAAGAAGUAGGGCUUUGGAAUGCUGCUGCAUCUACAUGCAUAGGCUACGAUUUCAGAUUUGUGAUUUUUGUUUUAUCAUGUCUUAGCCGCCUGUAUACGUGCAAUGUAUAAGUUCAGUGUUUAUGAGUAUUUAUUUAUGUAGAAUUCUACAAACAGUGGUUUAAUGCUUGUGUUGUAUCGUUCAUUUUAUUUUAGUAUGUUCUGUUUUGAACUUCACAAAGCAUGCAUCUUAAAUAGAGUUAGUGCGAAGUUGCAUACUUAGAUUGACCUGUGUUAUGAUUACGCACAGUCCAUCAUUAAGCGUUCUGAAGACAAUUAUUACAUACCAAGACACUAUUUUCUCUGCAGUAGCAGUGCAUCAUAUUCAAUGAGCAAAACGUGUAAUACUGGUUGAACAAUUUUGUUUUAUUUGUGAAGUUUCUUCGUAUUAUGUUAUGUUCUCUCUUAUAUCCUAAUUAGAAAAUGUGAGGUAGGCUAUUUAUGAUACUCGACAUUAACCCUUUCACAUCUAAAUUAUGACAUUAACAUUGGCUUUGUGUAGUGAACACCCAACAUUAGUAGUCAAAGGGUUAAGCCAUUUUUUAGUUGCCAAUUGAAGAUUGGAGGCAAGACACAACAAUACGACUCAGAACGGCCUUUAUUUCGAUGACUUGAAACUGUUAUAAAUGUAAGAAAGGCAUUAUGUUAAUAUGAUUCAUCUCAUAUCAUAUGGCAAUGAGCUUUAUUCAUUUGAAUUAGUGAAUUUAGUGGUGGCAUUACAUUAUAUGUAUCACUAAAUGUUUAGGUUAGGGUAUCAAAAGAAGGUCAGUUAACAUGUCAGUAUUCCAUUAACUGAUUCAUAACCCUAUUUCAAGUAUUUUCUUCACAUUAUGUACUUAUGAAACACAUGAAAAUCACUGUAAAUCAAUGCAAGUUACAUCACUUAUAUUUGAAGCAAGUAAUUCCUGUAUGAGGCAGUGCAUUAAGCAGCAGGAUGUGCUUGUUAUCCCUUAAUUGUACUUAAUUGUAGUUCUUAUCAUUAGUUACCACUACUAUUCUGUAUUUGAGGAAGAUGUAAAGAGAAAAAAAAAUGUUGUAAAUAAGAAAUAUUUUGAUUAGUGUAGGAAAUUUCUUAUUUUAUUCCUUGUAUUUUUUUUAUUCCUCUCUCUUUUCCUUUCACUCUCUAACCUCUAUCUCCCCUCUCUCUCUCUUCCCCACUCUCCCUUCCCCACUCUCCCUUUCUCUGUCCCCCUCCCCCGUCUCUCUCUCACACACAAACUCUCAAUCCAUCUUAUUAUCUUCUCUUCCCCCUCUCUCUCUUCAUCUUAUUCUCUUUCCCCCUUACUCUCUCACACACAUACACUACAACCCCCCUCACGCACACACACACUCUCUUUCUCGCUCUCUCCAUCUUAUUCUUUACUCUUUACUUCUUCUCCUCCUCUCUUUAGCGUACUUCAAUCAACAGAUACUCCGAUAUUACAUUAAAAAUAAAACAAAUGUUCUAGAUUCUCGAUUUCAGUCUUCGGAACUAAAUGUCAAACCGUUUUUUAGCUUUCCGUGAUGGAGCUGAAAAUAUCAGAAGGACCCCUUCAAGAUCUGAUCUUGAGAAAUAUCACGUUCUCUCUCCUCUUUGAACUCUGUUGAGCUCGACACCUCCCUUUAACAGAUGAGGAAAUGUACACCGAGUGAUAUUUUCGGGCAGUAGGUUAUUGUGAAUCUCGAUACUUGCGUUUAGCAAAUGCUGCGUAUGAGCGUUCGGAAUGAAAAAUAGUGUGCUCAGAACUACCCUUCUUGCUGCUGAGAUUUGCACAUAAAUUCUUUAUUCUUUUAUCUAUAUCAUGAUGUGCGAAGAUUUGCAGUGUUGAGACAAACAGAAAUAUAUAUAUAAUCAGUGUAACGAGACGGCCAUGAUUCCAUUGUAUUCGAACCUGAUAAGUUAUGAAUAAUCUCUGUAUCUGUUUAAUAAAAAAAUGUCUCUAUUCAUCCUUACACCUCUUUACUUUCCUUCCUUAAACUUAUUUCUGUAUACAUAUAUAUAUAUAUCAUUGUGAAUGUGAAUAAAUUAUGGAGUGAUUGUCUAUAGUACUAAGAUACACAUGACAAAAUAUGAUCUUGUAAAUAUGAAAUUGAGAUAAGUUAUAUACAGUUUAGAUGCAAAUACAUUCUAAUAGGUGGAUGUCUAAUCGAGAUAAAGAUUAUUACGGGAAUAUCAUUUUUUUAAAUAGAUUUUAUUUAUAUUAAUAGACGGAGUAUAUAUAUGUAUAUCAAUACUAAUAUUAUAUAUAUAUAAAACUUCCGAAUCUUGAUAAUGAAAUAAGUAUUACAAAUGCUCCUUAUUUUAAUUUACAAUAUAUGUGUAUCAUUCAUAUUUAAUUAUAGUGAUACGAUAUGAAUUAUAUUGAUGACACAUUACCAGUCUCCCUCGAUACUUACAUUUAAUUAAUUAACCAUAUUGUUAUAAACAAAAGGUUUACAGUCGUUCCAUUAAUUUAUUUUGUUUUUAUUCUUGUUUGUAUAAAGUAUGGUUAUGGAGGACCGUGUACCACAUUUUGUAUAUUGAACAGAAUUAAUACUCUCAAUGACAAAAUUUUAUAUUCUUCAUGUAUUAUGCUAAUUUUCUGCAUUCACAUUUCAGAUGUGGAAAGUACAGACGCUAAUCACAAGUGAAGAUACGGGUUUCCAUUUUUGCACGAUAAUUUUAACAAAGAGCGAUUGUCGUUAUUAUCAAAUGCAACAUGUGAGCAUUCUUUUUUUAAUUUAUUCAUUUUGUUGUGCUUUUUAGCUUCAUUCUUUAUUGAAGAGACCAAAGUACUUUGUUUUCAUGAUUCAUGUUGAGCUUCAGAUACUGUUCUACUCUAUCCAUGUUCGAUCCAUUUUUUAUUCAGACAUGCCCAGUAUAAAGUGCUGUAAAUUAAUAUCCUAAAGAGCUUCAAAAUAUAUUUAGAAUAUGUUGCGGAUAUGGGAAUAUAUUAUACUUAUUCUCAUCAAUAUGUGAAUAUGUGACACCAAUGAUCGUUGGCUAUUUAUUUAUUAGAUUUCAAACAUCAUUUUGACUUCUGAUUCUCCAAGUUUUAUUUGUUUUAAUUGAACUGUGAUACACUUGUGAAUAAUUUCCAAUAUAUUUGCAGAGUAUUUUUGUGAGUAAUCAAUUUGCAUCCACCCUAGUAUGUUUUCAAAUGCGUGUCAGAAUUAAACAUAAUGAUGGUAGUGUACAA